UUUAUUAUGAAGCUUCGGGGUUUUGUAUUGAACGUAACAUCACUCUACAGCGGUAUAUGUGCACUUUUCCAGCCGUUUGCUGGCGAAAAUAGAAAUUUAGCCGGCUACAAUGUAGCCUACAUAUGUUAAAUGAAGCCUUGUGAAUGUGUGAAUCAAUUUAACUACGGAUGUAUUAGCCUAAUUUAUUUAUGUUUCAUUUUUCCUACCACAGAAGAAUAACCCCUCUUGUGAAGCUUCUCCUAAAAACAAUUCAUUAAUAAAUGCUGGAAAAAUCACAUCAGCCUAAAAGUGAAGAAGGCAGAGCUUAAGAAAGAAGAGAGAACAUGAAUGAACCCUGUCGAAUAAAACAAGAAGAUACUGAAGAACAAAGAGACCUAAAGGGAAAAAUCAAGGACAUUGAUGAAAUCCCUGAAGUGGAGGAGAAACACAAAAUCAAAUCCAUAACAAAGUCCUCGGGCCACUCAUCAAAAAGAAAAGGCCAAAAAACGUUCACCUGCUCUCAGUGUGGCAAGCGUUUCUUAUACAAACAGAGUCUGAAACAUCACAUGAGAAUCCACACGGGAGAGAAACCGUACACAUGUGACCAAUGCGGGAAGUGUUUCGCACAGAGAGGGGGUUUUAAAUAUCACAUGAAAAUCCACACUGGAGAAAAACCUUACACGUGUGAUCAGUGCGGGAAGUGUUUCACACAUGCCGACAGUUUUAAAUUACACCUGCGUUCUCAUUCUGGGGAGAGGCCUUACUACUGUGACCAGUGUGGUAAAACGUUUAUUAGGGUAGCAUCCCUAAAGAGGCACCUGAAAGUUCAUACACAGGAGAAGCCUUAUGUGUGUUCUCUGUGUGGAAAGAGUUUUAGUCAGAUGGGCGCUUUAAAUACGCACCAGAUAAGGCACAGUGGUGUGAAGAAUCAUAUGUGCUUCGAUUGUGGGAAAUCCUUCGUUAGAGAUGCUGAACUGAAACAGCACCAGAAAACUCACACUGGAGAAAAACCUUACAAGUGUUCACACUGCGACAAGACAUUCAGUCAAACGGGACAUCGGAAAAUACACGAGAGGAUCCACACUGGAGAGAAACCUUUCUCAUGUGAGCAGUGCGGGAAGAGUUUCACACAUCCAAACACUCUUAGAUUACAUCUCCUUUCUCAUUCUGGAGAAAGACGGUAUAACUGCGAUCAGUGCGAUAAAACGUUUGUUAAGGCGGUAUGCCUGAAGGCCCACAGGAAAGUUCAUUUAAAGGAGAAACCUUACAAGUGUUCACUGUGUCUUAGGGGUUUUACUCAGCUGGGUGCUUUAAAAUUACACCAGAAAAGACACAGCGGCGUGAAAGAUUAUGUGUGCUUUGAAUGCGGGAAGACCUAUAUCACAAACGCUGAAUUGAAACUGCACCAGAGGACUCACACUGGAGAAAAACCUUACACUUGUUCACACUGUGACAGGAGAUUCAGUUGGUUAGCGUCUCUGAAAAUACAUGAGAGGAGCCACACUGGAGAGAAGCCGUACCACUGCGCUUCGUGUGGGAAGAGCUUUAGUAAAUUAGCUUCUCUACACAGUCAUUCCAGAGGAAAAUGUCCAAUGGAUAAAAAGCUUCCUUCCAUAUCAAUCUUUCCCAACCAGUUGCAAUGAGUGUCUGGACAAAGAACCAUGAAAGUUUUCCCAGUGAACAAGUGUAAGAUUCAGAUCAACAAAAAGAGGCUAUUGCAUAUUUAAGUGAGUCAUGUGUCUGAUAUAUAUAAAUUAUAUAAUUGUAAAUAUUAGAUGACUUUGUUCUUCAUCCUUCUUGUUCUUAUGUGCUUAUAUCAUCCUGUUCUUUCAACUCAAGUCUAUUUACCAAAUGCAUACUACCAUAUAAUGCAAUAUGAUGGCAGGAUAAUAGACAAAGUUUUGAUGUCUUGCUGUAACUGUAGCCUACACAUACAUCUUCGAACAUAAGAUUAAUAAAGCAGUUUAUGUUUAAA